AUGCUCCUUAUAAAAUUAUCUAAUGAGAUUCUAUUCCAAAUCUUUGAUGAACUCGGCUCGUCAUUUUUCAAAAAGAAUCCACGCCAUGUUACAAUCUGCAAAGAGUGGUCACAAUUCGCGUUGCCCAUGCUCUACAAAUAUCUCCACAUUGUCCCUAGCGUUUUGUGGAUAUUUCGGGAGGCACUCGGAAUGGUUCGGCCAUUUUUCAUCGAACGUGGCCUAGAGACCCUAAUCAUUGAUGUAGGGAUAUGUUUCCAGGAGAGGACGUUCAAUGAUAGUUACCAAAGGUUUGGCGCUAUUGCCCAACGGUCACGUAGGUUACAUACCUUACACCUACGAUACAAAAGAUUCUGGAUCCACGGAGACACAGACGGACCCUUGUCCAGUAAAUAUUAUCUUUCGAUAUCAUGGGUCCAAGGGUUGCUCGAGGUAAAGAAUCUAAGCGUUCUAAAACUAGAUCUGCCAGUCUACCUUCGAGAUUCAACAGGAAUGCAAGAGUACACCCCUGAUGUCUGCUCAGCCAUAAGCACUCUCCUUCCUACUCUUAAAGUCCUUUAUCUUCGCAAGAAAUUCAUCUGUCCCGAGGUUCUGAAACCCAAAGAUCCCAAUGCCCGUCUAAAGCUGAACACGGUUAUCAUCAACUUAAGCAUGACCGCAUUCAUCGUGAAGCCCUUGCGCCGGGAAUACUCCGAACAUUGCAUAUACCGCCCUCCUGACUGGCAACAACUAAAAGAGGACAUGGUGGCUCAGGCAAAGGUACUCGCAACCCAGAUGGAUGAGCCAAAGGUCGUGAGGCUCAUAACUCACGAACUUCCGAAGUCUGGUAUAAGUAUACAAAACGUCUUAACCGGGAAGACUAAAAAAGUGUGGUCGGAUUAUGAGCCUUUGGAUGACUGGGGAAAGGAUCUUGCGCAGCCGGACUCGGACUCGGACUGGUUCGACUUGGACGAAUACCACUCAGACGAAGAUGAAGAGGACGAAGAUGAAGAAGAGGAUGAAGAGGAUGAAGAGGAUGAAGAGGAUGAAGAGGAUGAAGAGGAUGAAGAGGAUGAAGAGGAUGAAGAGGAUGAAGAGGAUGAAGAGGACGACGACGAAGAAGAAGAUGAAGACGAGGAAUAGGGAGAUUCUGACGAGUCCGCAUAACUCAGCUUACGGAGGGAGAUAGUACAGUACUAAAUUUGACUUUCACAUUUUGUAGCAUAAAAAGAAAACAACAAAAAAAAUGCGUUACAAUUUAUAUAACCAUCUAUGGCCGUGGAAACGAUUAUAUAUCAAGGUUGAAGCACAAACCUAGUAUAUAGUAGUAAAUUUGUGAGGAAUGGAAGUUAGGUACCUCCUAUAUGGUUCUGCUAUUUGUUCCCAGGUACAAUAAUAGGUACCUAGGUACCUACCUCAUAUGUAGGUACGCACC